GGGCGGUGACUCAGCCCGGGCGGGCCGGUUCUUAAGCGGGCGCGGGGCGGGCGCCAGGGCUGCGCCGCGCUCCAAGGCUCCGCUCUGCCUGCAGGUGGGGAGAAGCGUCUCGGCUGCUGCUGGAGAGUCGUGUUUCCGGAGAACUGAGGAAACCAUCAGGAACCGAAGAUGCCGAAACCAAUCAAUGUCCGAGUUACCACUGUGGAUGCAGAGCUGGAGUUUGCAAUCCAGCCAAAUACAACUGGAAAACAACUUUUUGAUCAGGUGGUUAAGACUAUCGGCCUCCGGGAAGUGUGGUACUUUGGCCUCCAGUAUGUGGAUAAUAAAGGAUUUCCUACCUGGCUGAAACUUGAUAAAAAGGUGUCUGCCCAGGAGGUCAGGAAGGAGAAUCCGCUCCAGUUCAAGUUCCGAGCCAAGUUCUACCCUGAAGACGUGGCUGAGGAGCUUAUCCAGGACAUCACUCAGAAGCUUUUCUUCCUCCAAGUGAAGGAGGGAAUUCUCAGUGAUGAGAUUUACUGCCCCCCUGAGACCGCAGUGCUGCUGGGGUCCUAUGCUGUGCAGGCCAAGUUUGGGGACUAUAACAAAGAAGUGCACAAGGCUGGGUACCUGAGCUCUGAGCGACUGAUCCCUCAAAGAGUUAUGGACCAGCACAAACUGACGAGGGACCAGUGGGAGGACCGGAUCCAAGUGUGGCACGCAGAACACCGUGGGAUGCUCAAAGAUAGUGCUAUGUUGGAGUAUCUCAAGAUUGCUCAGGACCUGGAAAUGUAUGGAAUCAACUAUUUCGAGAUAAAAAAUAAGAAAGGAACAGACCUCUGGCUUGGAGUUGAUGCCCUUGGACUAAAUAUUUACGAAAAAGAUGAUAAGUUGACCCCAAAGAUUGGCUUCCCUUGGAGUGAAAUCAGGAACGUCUCUUUCAAUGACAAAAAGUUUGUCAUUAAACCCAUUGACAAGAAGGCACCUGACUUUGUGUUCUAUGCCCCUCGCCUGAGAAUUAACAAGCGGAUCCUGCAGCUUUGCAUGGGGAACCAUGAGCUGUACAUGCGCCGCAGGAAGCCCGACACCAUCGAGGUGCAGCAGAUGAAGGCCCAGGCCCGGGAGGAGAAGCACCAGAAGCAGCUGGAGCGGCAGCAGUUGGAAACUGAGAAGAAAAGGAGAGAAACUGUUGAGAGAGAAAAAGAACAGAUGAUGCGUGAGAAGGAGGAGCUGAUGCUCAGGCUGCAGGACUAUGAGGAGAAAACCAAGAAGGCGGAGAAAGAACUCUCGGAGCAGAUUCAGAGAGCCUUGCAGCUGGAGGAGGAGAGAAAACGGGCCCAGGAGGAGGCUGAGCGCCUAGAGGCUGACCGUGUGGCUGCACUGCGGGCCAAGGAGGAGCUGGAGAGACAGGCAGUGGAUCAGAUAAAGAGCCAAGAGCAGCUGGCUGCGGAGCUUGCAGAGUACACUGCCAAGAUCGCCCUCCUGGAGGAGGCCAGGAGGCGCAAGGAGGAUGAGGUCGAAGAGUGGCAGCACAGGGCCAAAGAAGCCCAGGAUGACCUGGUGAAGACUAAGGAGGAGCUGCACCUGGCGAUGACAGCCCCCCCACCCCCGCCGCCCCCCAUGUAUGAGCCAGUCGGUUACCACGUCCAGGAGGGCCUGCAGGAUGAGGGUGCAGAGUCUAUGGGCUACAGCGCCGAGCUGUCCAGCGAGGGCAUCCUGGAUGACCGCAAUGAGGAGAAGCGCAUCACUGAAGCUGAGAAGAAUGAGCGUGUGCAGCGGCAGCUGCUGACGCUGAGCAAUGAGCUGUCCCAGGCCAGAGAUGAGAAUAAGAGGACCCACAAUGACAUCAUCCACAAUGAGAACAUGAGGCAAGGCCGGGACAAGUACAAGACUCUGCGGCAGAUCCGGCAGGGCAACACCAAGCAGCGGAUCGAUGAGUUUGAGGCCAUGUAACGGCCAGGACCAAGGGCAGUGGGGCACUUGGCAGCAUGCUGCUUCGAGGGCCACUGCCAGCCUUGUCACGCUUGUACCUUUAGUACUCCAAAUCUAGGAACCCCCUUGUUGCAUCCCAGUUCUUUUAAAGAGAGAGCAUCUAUCCUGGCAGAAAUAUUCUGGGCUGGGAACCAGUGGAAGCUUCCCUGGUUUAUUUUCUACAAUUGUAUCAUAGUGCCAAACAGGCCUGAUUUUUAUGAUUAUUAUUGAAUCACUUCCUGUAUUGUGCUUGGAGUAGGACUGAUUGAAUUAAGGAAAGUGCCUAUAAAGUUAUGAGUAAAUUCACGCUGGCCUGUGUGAUACAAGAUUCAGUAUCAUUAAAACCACGUCGUGGCUUAAAUCUGUGCCAUACUUUUUCUGUAUUUGAAAUGAACUCAAAUUGAUUUUUUGAUUUCUAUGAAGGAUCCAUCUUUGUAUAUUUAUGUGUUUUAAGGGGUGAAAAUUAAGACUGCACGUGAAGCACUCACACACAAAAUUAUUUCCCUCCUCCUGUCAGUCUGUGGCUGGCGGCAGAGCCAGGGCGUGCACUCAGCAUGAGCUCUGCAGGAGGACACGCUUGGAGAAACUUUUUGAAAUGUUUUUUUUUGGGGGUUUGCUUAACAGAAGAAUACAUUGUUGGACUUAUGCCUAAUUAAUGAUCGGCUCUAGAGUAUAGUAUUUAUAAGUGAUAACGUGGGUUUGUAACAUUAGUUUUAAAAAGGGAAAGUUUCCUUCUGUAUAUUUUGUUACCUUUUACAGAAUAAUAAAAGAAUUACCUAUUAAAACCA